AUGUCUCUGGGUGCCACUGCUGUGGCGACGGAGGCAAACGCCAAAUCUGUGUACGAGUCUUGUGGAUUCCCCCGAGCGGCACUUGCUUUUGACUGCGUUGGUGGCAGGUCGACUACCUCAGUUGCAAAAUUUCUCAGGGAGGGCGGCACAGUUGUGACUUAUGGCGCAAUGUCGCUGCAGCCAGUCAGUAUUCCGGCCUCGCUCUUGAUUUUCAGAGACAUCCGAGUGCGGGGUUUCUGGUGGUCUGGGCGAGCGGUGCAGGAGAUGGGCAAGACUGGAAAAGCAGCCAUCAUUGACAAAGUAGUGAAGCUUGUGCAGGAGGGGAAACUGAAAAUCAGGACUGAGCGAAUGCCGAUGUCUCGCUAUCGACAUGCACUUGCCAUGUGUCGAGAAGGCUACCGUGGAACAAAGAUAUUGCUUGUCCAAGACACGUGA